AUGUCUUGCACUGGAUGUACUGGUCAGUUGGACGAUACUAAUUCAUUAAAAUGUAAUGCAUGCGAUUCCCGUUAUUGUCUUGAGUGUUGGAAUUUUGGAUCACAUAAUAAAACAAGUGAUCUCGACCCGAAUCUACUGUCAACAUUAAAAUGUCCUUCCUGUACGAAUAUCUCACGAAGGAGACGGGGCAAGAAUAUACCUGCUAUUCUCUCGCCAUCAUAUGUCACCAGGACGGCUACUAGCACACAGGUUACAAUCGAGAGUAUCAGUGCGCUACUCGACCAAAAGUUGGCCCCGACAUCGAGCAUCAUGAUUUAUUCUCGGAAUGUAUUAAUUCAAGAAGUCAAAGGAUUAAUUACCACGGAUAUUGACAAAUUGGUGAAUGGGUUAAGGGAAGAGUUCACAAAAACAACUGAUCAUAUCAUGGAAGAAGUAAAGGAGUUGAAUAAAAUAAUUAAGGAAAAAGAGAACAUCAUAAAAACAUUAAAAACUGAACAAAUACUAUUUGAAAAUAAACUGCAAAUAAUUAGUAGUCGUUUUGUUACCAUUGAGAAGCUGUCACGUGAUCGCAAUAUUGAAAUACAGGGAGUCCCGGAGGACCGUAGCGAAAACGUAAUAUCUUUAUUCAGGACACUGUGCAAUACUUUUAAAUACCCUAUCUCGGACAGGGAUAUCCAGGCAUGCCGUCGAGUGGCGAAGAUGGAUGGCAAGUCGAAACGACCGCGUAAUGUUGUGGUUACGUUGAGUUCCCCUCGGAUGCGCGAUGAGAUUAUUUCGGCGACAUAUCGCUUCAAUAAGGAACAUGGAGAUAUAAAUCUCAAUAGUCAACACUUAGGUAUAUCAGGUGAAACUAAUCAAAUCUACGUCUGUGAACACUUAGCGCCGGACACUAAGCAACUGUUUGCAACAGUCAGGCGUUUUGCUAAGAAUAAUAGUUAUGCUUACUCCUGGGUUAAAUUUGGUCAAAUUUACUUAUGUAAAAGUGAUAAAACAAAUGCUAUUUUGGUGAAAAACGAAGUGUUAAAGACCUUGAAAUGAAUUUUAAUUUAUUGUGUUAUCUUACGCUUAUUGAUAAGUCAUGAAAAUAUGGUAAUUAAUAAUCAAUACUUGCCUAGUGUUUAUUAUACCUACUUUGUCUUUCAAGUUUAUUAUUGUAUACCUUUAACGAUUGAGUGUAUUUGCCGCUAUGUUUCUUGCAUGUUUAUUGGAUUUUAUACAAUAUAUAAUAUAAGUAUUCAUUGUAGCACAUUUUAUCUUACCUUGGUGAUAUUAUAUAGUCUCAACGUCACAUUCGCUGCAUUCUGCUUAAAACGAUUUUGUAUAGAUUUAAUAUACAGUGAUUACUGCCAAUGAUUUAUCAAUAUAUUACCAAAAUGUGCGUGGUUUAAGGACUAAGUGUCGUGAAAUAUAUAAUGGCAUAUUGAGUCAGAAUUGCGACAUAUUACUAUUUACUGAAACUUGGUUGCAAAGUGACAUAAUAGACAGCGAGCUAUGUGAUGAACGCUACGAUGUUUUUCGUUGUGACAGAAAUUUAAAUCUAUGCAAUAAAUCUAUUGGCGGAGGGGUUAUAAUCUGCGCGCGCAAGCAGCUUGAAUCGAGUGAACUGAGCAACUGG